UGAAUUUUUGAUUAAAAAGUAAUUUAAAAGAUUAUAAAAUAAUUAUGUCGAAAAAUAAAUUGAACUUAACACUACCUGCUGGUUCUAUUGAACCGGCACCGGUGGUAUCUCCAUCGCCACCAGUACCACCUCUUCCAAGCUACCCGGAACCACCUGUAAUACCUGAUGGUGUAAUGGGAAAAAUCAGUAUCGAUGCGAUACAAGAAAGAUUAGAAGAGUUAGAGAUGGACGAGGAGCAGAGAAAACGCUUGGAGAGUUUCUUGGGACAGAAGGAGCAAGUCGGCGAGCUGUGUGAUGAUGAUUUUGAAAAGCUGGGCGAGCUGGGAGCUGGCAAUGGGGGUGUUGUUAUGAAAGUCAGGCAUAAAAAAUAUGGUUUGAUUAUGGCACGGAAGUUAAUACACUUAGAAGUUAAGCCGGCGAUUAAGAAACAAAUUAUUCGGGAGCUUAAAGUACUUCAUGAGUGUAAUUUUGCUCAUAUUGUUGGAUUUUACGGAGCAUUUUAUAGUGACGGAGAAAUAAGUAUAUGUAUGGAGUACAUGGACGGUGGUUCACUGGACUUGAUUUUAAAAAAAGCAGGCCGUAUACCCGAGCCAAUUCUCGGAACAAUAACAUCAGCGGUUCUCAAAGGACUGAGUUACUUGAGAGAUAAACACGCAAUAAUGCAUCGUGAUGUUAAGCCAAGUAAUAUAUUAGUUAACAGUGCUGGUGAAAUAAAAAUAUGCGACUUUGGAGUAUCGGGACAGUUGAUUGAUUCAAUGGCUAAUUCGUUUGUAGGCACUCGGAGUUAUAUGUCGCCUGAAAGAUUGCAAGGUACUCAUUAUUCGGUACAAAGUGAUAUCUGGUCACUGGGAUUAUCACUCGUUGAAAUGGCUAUUGGAAUGUACCCGAUCCCACCGCCAGAUACUAAAACAUUGAUAUCGAUAUUUGGACCGCAAGUUGUUCAAAAUUUAGAAAAUACGACUGCUAAUAAUAAAUCGACACCUUCACAAUCGCCAGCUCAUAGUGCAAGUAGCCCACGACCCAUGGCAAUCUUUGAAUUGCUAGACUACAUUGUUAAUGAACCGCCACCCAAAUUACCAGCUGGGAUUUUUACAGACUCCUUUACUGAUUUUGUUGACCGUUGUUUAAAGAAAAAUCCAGCCGAACGUGCUGAUUUAAAAACACUUAUGAGCCAUGAAUGGAUCAAAAAAGCUGAAUCUGAGAAUGUAGACAUCGCAGGAUGGGUAUGUCGAACAAUGGAUCUGCAACCCACAACUCCAACUCGUUUAGCGAACGUACAGUCUUGAAUAAAUGUCACUCUUACAUACUUGACAACAUACAUACACGUUCAGUACUCCUAAAUGAAUGUUUAUUAUUUCGUCAUAAUAUUUUUUUUAAAAUAAAUCUGUUACCUUGAUUUGAA